AUGAUGCCUUUGCGACUUCAUGGCAUGCUACGAGCGCCUUUGCGGUGUCGUCCCUCCUUGGGAAGUGCUCGUACCAAGCAACGAAGACUGCUGCACGCUCACCAGGUUGAGCGACGUCAGGUGUCGCUGGCAUCUCCAGCUGAUGGUGUGAAGAUUCCACAUGCGCGGCCACCCAAGGUCAUCAGAAACGGCCCUGCUCCUCUUGCAACUUUUGUUGUUGACCAAUGGACUCCGCAUGAGGGCAUCGUCGUCGACCGCUUGCAGUCGGGAGCGCUUCUUGUUGACGUGGGCUGCGAGGUGCCUGGUAUGCUGCCAGCCGAUGGUUAUUUUGCAAGCAAUGCUGGUGAGCUCGAUCAACUUUCGCCUGGCGAUAGGGUGACCUGCUAUGCAUGCUGCAAGUACCCGGAGAACAAGAAGCUCUUACUGAGCCUGCAUCGCCGAGAAGUCCCGAGAGAGAGGUGGAAGAAAGUCAUUGCCGACGGGCAGAGGCCAUAUGAAGGUGUCGUGCAGCGACUCGCCCCCUUCGGUGUCUUCGUGGACCUGGGGACAGAGGUCGCAGGCUUGCUUCCCAACGAGCAGCUGCCUAAGGCUUUGCCUUGCAAGGUCGGUGAUGCCAUCACGGUCUAUGUUGUCAGCAAGCGUCCAGAGUCAGCAAAACUCGACCUGGCCACAAUCCCCAGAAGUCAGGCUUUGCGCCGAUGGAUAGAGAUCCCCGGAGACGGGCGCACUCCGCACAAAGGCACUGUGCUCGGCUUUCUGGAGGGCCGUGGGGCCUUCAUAGACAUGGGCUUCGAGCGACCUGCGAUGCUUCCGAUGGCGGUGAUCGAGGCACAGGAAGAGCAGACGGACUUGAAGUGCGGAAGUGAGCUCACGGUUUACAUCACAGACAAGCAGAGCAAAUCCGGCAAGGUCACCCUGGCACUCGCACCAUCUACCCUUCCGAAACGUAGCUGGGAAGACAUCAUUGCAGACGGCCAGACGCCCUACGAUGGUGUCGUUCGACGCACGUUUGAGUAUGGAGCAUUGGUCGACAUCGGCUAUGACUCGCUCUGCUUCUUGCCCAACCCGCAGGUGCCGAAGAACUCGGCGAGCGACAGCGUGAGAAUCGGCCAAGAGUUGACUGUGUACGCAGUUCAAAAGCGGAUGAACACUGGAAGGGUGUCCCUCUCUCUUGAACGCAGGGCCAAGCCGCUGGAAGAGCUCCAGGACGUCUGCUGCGACGGUCGCAGUCCCUACCGUGGCAUAGUCCGCACCGUGAAUGAGUUUGGAAUUUUCGUGGACUUUGGUUGUUCUGUUGUUGGGAUGUUGGACGAGGACUACGAUGACCCAGCUCUGAUAGAGAAGCAGUCGUGUCUGCAGGCCGGUGAUGUCGUCACCGUAUAUCCAAUCUGCAAGGAUUUGGGGAAUGGCAGGGUCUAUUUGUCCUUGAAGAAGCGUGACGUGCCAAUCUGCUCAGUCUGGGACCUCGCUGCAGACGGGCAAACCCCGUACCUUGCGCGAGUAGUGUCGGUCCAUGGGCGGGACUGCACGAUGGACCUCGGGGCCGACACGCGGGGGCUGCUCACCCGAACACACGCCCCGCCGGAAACCUACACGAAGCUGGAGGUAGGAGACAUGGCCCAUGUGUACAUACAUCGCCGCAACUCCGCGACGGCUUCCUUGACCCUCUCCUUAAUACCGUCGCCAGUUCGCAAGGUGCCUUCGAGCAAGAUUUUGGCAGACCUCCAGCUUGACGCUUCCAAGGUGUACACGGGAGAAGUGUAUUGCAUUCAGCAUGGCUACAUCUUCCUGGACAUUGGAUCCGAGUUGGGGGCAAUGAUGCUGGACGCAGUUCCGUUCGCUUGUCGGAUUGGUGACCGCAUCCGUGUGAGGAUCUCUCAUCAUGACACGAGGCGUGGGAGGUUACGUGUCGUCCCAAUCACGACGGAGACUCAACAUGCGCAGCGGGGAAGCAACAAAUGCAAGGAAGCCUCGGAAGACACGGAGGAUGCAGAAUCAGUGGAAGCAGACGCCGUGAAAAAUCGGAAGAGCCAUUCUGCAGGAGCCAAGACGAGGGCCGAUAACGCAAAAGGCCGCCUCCAGGAGCUGGUGCAGAAGACGACAAAGCAGGUGCUGAAGCGUGGCGACAUUCUGUACAGUGUCCGCGUUGUGGGGCGGCUUUUCUCGGCUGAGGUUAGACUCAAGGAGGAGCUGCAAACCUUGAUGCCGAUGUUUUCGGAAGCCUUCGAGGGCGAGGGCGAUGGCAAGGAGGAGAAGAUAUCUGACGCGUAUGCGCGGGCUGGAGAUCAGCGCUACCCUCUGGAUGUACAGGAUUUCCUGAAGCUUCUGCGUCGCAAGUGUGGCAGCGUCGUUCGGGCGUGGCGGGUGGCUCUGGACAAAGAUGGGGGCAGCGAGCUGGAGUUCUGUGAGUUCGUAAGCGCAGUGCGUCAAAUGGGUUCAGGGUCGGGCCAGAAUGCACGCAGCCUUUGGUUCAAUCUGGACGUGGAUCAAAGUGGCACGCUGAGCCUUUACGACUUGGAUCCAAUUGCCGCACACGCCCUCGACAAGUUUCGCUACGGCUCAAUCAAUGCAGCGUUUGAGCAGCUUCUCGAUACGAGCAGAUCUGGUGUCGUGACCCUGGAGAACUUCAUUGAAGCGGUCAGGGACCUAGGAUAUGAGCCAGCUGUAGCCGAAGAGCUUUUCAACUGGCUGCGAUCGCGGCCUGGGACCCUUUUCCUCCGGAAGAGUGACCUGCAUUUCCUCCAGAAAUGGGAGGAUGCGAAGCGUGACAAGAAGGAGAAAGCCGGCACACUGCAUGUGGGCUGGAUCAACCGAGACCCAUCUGCGGCAGUUGAAUAUCGGAAGAUGGCGGACAAGCUUGCCGAGAAAAGCGGGCAACAAAAGAUGGAGCACCGAGUCUCCGAGACACCGUUCACGGCCACGGCGCUGGCCAUCGCCAAGGCGACAGAAAAGGUGCAAGGCAACUCGGCGAGGUCCUCCGCGGAUCCGGUACAGGCCCAGCCCAGGCCGGAAACUCCCGGCAAGAAGGGCGCAAGGGUGGAGGCACCUGCAACGACGGCGGCCAUUGCCAGUGCACAGGAGACAGUGGGUUGCUAUGCCAUGAGACUGGCUUCCGAUAAUGAGAACAGCACUACCAAGUUCUUGAAGUAUCUUCUGGACCGCUUCGGGUCUCUAGCAGCUGCCUGGGAUGCGAUGGAACCCGGAGAGGUGGGAGAGAUUCGCAAGAGCGACUUCGAGUACGUCGUGUGCUUCAAACUAGGAUAUUGCAGGAACACUGAUGCACGCCGGCUUUUCGAAGCCUUGCCCAAGAAGGACUCGCAUCGCCUGACCUGGCGGGACCUUGGUUUGAAGCCGGAUGAAUGGCUGGGGUUUCUUACGCAGAAGAAGUGGCAGAAAUCCUUGCUGAUGGUGGAGGAGAUGAAGAAGUGCGACGGAGAUGGCGCUCGGCUCGCCUUGGAGCGACACUACCAACGAGCAAAGCUGCACGGUCAUCAGCUACAGCUCGAGUUUGGCGAGAAGCCGAUGCCGCGCAACCAAGCUGAGCUGCCAAAGUGGUGCCGCCCCAGGUCAGCUCAAAGUCGCCGGCAGCGCACGUUGGGCACUGCAGCUGCCACAUAG